UUGCUUAUCCAAUCAACGGUUGAGCUUUGCUUUGUUGUUGGUGAUGAUGACAUGCCCGUAGUUGUUGUUACUAGAGGGUAAAGUGUGGCGAGGAGAUUUGAGCGAUUGAUUUCGAAAAUUUGAUUAAACUGAGGCCUCGUUUUUUCUGGUUUCGAAGACAAAAUUAUUGAGGUGGGGUGAACAGCGGUGAUGUCGGUGAAUAUGGACGAACUUAGGCAUCAAGUGAUGAUCAACCAGUUUGUUUUGACUGCUGGUUGUGCCGCUGACCAGGCAAAGCAGCUUCUUCAAGCCGCUCACUGGCAAUUCGAGACCGCCUUGAGCUCCUUUUUCCAGGAGGCCAACAUCCCUAGUCACCACCACCAGAUGAUGUGCACACCGAGGAACACCCCGGCCACGCCGCCGAACUUCCCGGACGCCAUCACCAUGUUCUCCAAGCUGAGGGCGUCCGAUUGUUCCGGAGGCUCGGGAGGUGGUCCCGUCCAGGUGUCCAUGGCCUGCUCCCCUCCGACCCCGUCGUCCGCCGCCAGCUUCGGGUCCUUCUGGGCCUCGACACCGCCCAACCACCAGCCCGCCUGGCUGCCCCCGUCGUCGCCCACGGGCCACCACAUGUACCACCACCACCACCUCCACCAGGCCCCCAUGUGGCCUCCCGUGUCCCAGCCGGGCAACGGCCAGCAGACCCCGGUUGUAUCGGCGCUGCACGGCCAGAGAUGAGACUCUGCCCCCCCCCGGUGGUGGGGAUGUGUUGGGAGGUGUAUGUUGGCACCGUGUAGCCUAAUGAAUCUAUUAGGGGCUUUUCAGUGGGUAAGGGGUUG